GUCAGUCCGGGGCAUGGAUCGUCCUUUUCUAUGAAAUCUGGUAGCUCGCGUUGCCCUAGAGCUGAAGACCAGCCUCCUGACCAGCUUUUUUCACACCACCGAUGGUUUUUUUCCUCUGGAUGCAGCGCAGCUGCUGCUAUCCUGCCUACAGAGAGAGAUCUUUGUUUUGACUCUCAGCCCUGAACAUGCUUGGAAAUGAGAACAAAUGGCACAGAGUUUACGAUUGCACUUUGCAGCCAGAAGAAGCAAGACUUACCCUCUGUCGGAACCCUCCGGAGAUGACCUGGAUAGCCACGUUCACACACACGGCAAGAGGCCGCCCCGGAUCUCAGUGGCCAGCGUGGUUCAAAUGAGGCUGACCCCCAGACAGACGCCACUGGCUCCGUGGGUAGAGCAGAGAUCGUCGGAAAGCAGUGACAAGAAAAGCAGCUGCCUGCAGAUCUCGCUGCAGCCCCGGGCCAGUGGGUGCCUUCCGCCUCGCACCGUGGUGGCUGACAGGGACGAUACUUCCUUUACCUGUGUUCUGAAGGAUGGCGUUUGCAGCAGCCCCGGGCCUGACAGCGAGCUGCCCGGUGCCAGCGAUGGCAGCCUCUUCGGUCCCUCUGCCGUGUGCCCCGGCAGCCUCGGCAACUUCUCAGCCAGUGACAGUGGGUCCUGCAGCAGCAGCGGCAGUGACUGUGGGUCGUGUGCAAGCACCGCCAGCGGAGGCUCCUACACCAGCAGCGUCGUGAGCGACAGCAGUGGCUACGAGACUUCACCUUGUGACAGCGCCUCCAGCAGAAGCGUGCCGGUCAGCACCGGUCCUCGUGAGGUCACGUGCUCAAGUCCCAGUGGGCUUCCCUUCGCCCAGGAGGACCUGGAGCGCGGGGUCGAGGUCAUGAAGCUGCCGGUGAGCAGGAACGCAAAGGCCCCACUGAAGCGCUGCACAUCUUUGGUCAUCUUCCCCAGGAGCCCUUCAAACACCCCACCGGCGUCCCCGACGAGCAGAGGUGCCUACCAGACCUCGCACCAGUUGGCUGUGUCUCCUACCGAAACUGCACAGCAGGAAGAUGCUCCCGGCACCAAAGGCUUUCUGUCGACAGCCGUCAACGGGCUUCGGUUAUCUAAAACAGUUCGCGCUCCCGGAGAAGUCCGAGAUGUGCGGCCACUCCACGCCAAGGGCUCGCUGCAGAAGAAAAUUGUCAUUUCAAAUAGUAGGCCCAAACAGACUGUGUGUGAGAAGCUGCCGGAAGGAUUUUCCCGUGUUUCGUUGCACCUGACCCAACAAAAAACAACCACCACGUCGGAUUGUGAAAACACACGUGGUGGUGGCCCAUCAGGGAGGUCAGAACUUCAGCUCCAGUCUGAUGUGGACCAUGGCAUGCUCACACCACACAUGGAUUACCACAUAAACAUGUGUGGAGAGUUGGAAAGACCAAAUGCACAGAUACGGAACAGCCGGGCUGCCUUGCAAAGAAGUAUCUCAUUGGGUGGGCCAUACCCAGAUAUUUCCUGUUUACCCAGCCUGAAGCACAAGUCUUCAAAGGGGGGAUCAUCCCAGUUGCUCAUAAAGUUUGCAUCUGGGCAUGACGGUGGAGCUGGUAGUUGGUGGGGAGAGAGAGACUUGGCAGAUGGGCUGUCUGGUGUCUAUAAGACAAGAGAUGAUUUCCUAGGUCAAGUGGACGUCCCUCUCUAUCCUUUACCGACAGAAAACCCGAGAAUGGAGAGACCAUAUACAUUCAAGGAUUUCGUUCUCCAUCCAAGAAGUCACAAGUCAAGAGUUAAAGGUUAUCUGAGAUUAAAAAUGACUUACUUACCUAAAACCAAUGGCUCGGAAGAGGAGAAUGGAGAUCAGGUUGAGGAGUUAGAGCCUGGCUGGGUUGUUUUGGACCAACCAGAUGCUGCUACCCAUUUGCAGCAUCCACCAGAACCCUCUCCCCUGCCUCCAGGAUGGGAAGAGAGGCAGGAUGUCCUUGGAAGGACCUACUAUGUAAACCAUGACUCUAGAAGGACACAGUGGAAAAGACCAAGCCCUGAGGAUGACCUCACAGAUGCUGAGAACGGUGAUAUCCAGCUGCAGGCACAGCGAGCGUUUACCACCAGGCGGCAGAUAUCGGAGGAGGUGGACAGCCCUGACAACCGGGAGUCCCCCGAGAAUUGGGAAGUUAUACGAGAAGAGGAUAAUGCAGUGUAUAGCGGUCAGGCUGUCCAGUCGCCGCCGUCGAGUCAAGUGGAUGGACAGGCUCGCCUUGCAGAAGAGUUAGAUGCCAGACUUGCUGUGUUUGGAAAUCCCGCCACCGGCCAGCCCGUCACCAGCUCGAAUCAUUCCAGCAGAGGAGGCAGCGUGCAAGCCUGUAUCUUCGAGGAACAGCCUGCACUUCCUGUGCUUCUGCCUACUUCAUCUGGGUUGCCACCAGGUUGGGAAGAGAAGCAGGAUGAGAGAGGACGUUCGUACUACGUAGACCACAACUCUAGAACCACCACAUGGGCCAAGCCCACCAUGCAGGCCCCAGUGGAGAGCAGUCAGCGGCCAUCAAGCCAGAGUUCCGCAGGCCCUCAGCCACAGCUCCCCACCAGUGACCCUGCUCACCAGGCCAGCCCGCCAUCUGGCACUCAGCAAGCAUUCCUUCCCAAAGGUUGGGAAGUCCGGCAUGCACCAAACGGGAGGCCUUUCUUUAUUGACCACAACACCAAGACCACCAGCUGGGAGGAUCCAAGACUGAAAACCUCGGCUCCUCCGAAAGCGAAGACAUCAGCCGACUCGUCCAGUGACCUGGGACCUUUGCCUCCAGGAUGGGAGGAGCGGACCCACACAGAUGGAAGAGUCUUCUACAUAAACCACAAUAUAAAGAAGACACAGUGGGAAGAUCCCCGGCUGCAGAACGUGACAAUAACUGGACCAGCAGUGCCCUACUCCCGGGAUUACAAGAGAAAGUACGAGUUCUUCCGAAGAAAGCUGAAGAAGCAGAAUGACAUUCCAAACAAAUUUGAAAUGAAACUCCGCCGUGCAAAUAUCCUGGAGGAUUCUUACCGGAGGAUCAUGGGAGUGAAGAGAGCCGACUUCCUCAAGGCUCGCCUCUGGAUUGAGUUUGAUGGUGAAAAGGGACUGGACUAUGGAGGCGUUGCUCGAGAGUGGUUCUUCCUCAUUUCAAAGGAGAUGUUCAAUCCUUACUACGGGCUGUUCGAGUACUCUGCUACGGAUAAUUACACCCUACAGAUAAAUCCAAACUCGGGCUUGUGUAACGAAGAUCACCUCUCGUACUUCAAGUUCAUCGGUCGCGUGGCUGGGAUGGCAGUUUACCAUGGCAAGCUGUUGGAUGGCUUUUUCAUUCGCCCCUUUUACAAGAUGAUGCUUCAGAAAAUGAUCACGCUGCAUGACAUGGAGUCGGUGGAUAGUGAAUAUUACAGUUCUCUGCGCUGGAUUCUUGAAAAUGACCCGACAGAGCUGGACCUGAGAUUUAUUAUAGACGAAGAACUUUUUGGACAGACACACCAACAUGAACUGAAAACUGGCGGCUCGGAGAUUGUCGUCACCAACAAGAACAAAAAGGAGUAUAUCUACCUUGUGAUACAGUGGCGAUUUGUGAACCGAAUCCAGAAGCAAAUGGCUGCCUUUAAAGAGGGAUUUUUUGAGCUGAUUCCACAGGAUCUCAUCAAGAUAUUCGAUGAAAAUGAACUAGAGCUUCUCAUGUGUGGCCUGGGAGAUGUGGACGUGAGCGACUGGAAGGAACAUACAAAGUACAAAAAUGGCUACAGCGUGAACCACCAGGUUAUCCAGUGGUUCUGGAAGGCUGUUUUGAUGAUGGACGCAGAAAAAAGAAUUCGCCUGCUUCAGUUUGUCACCGGUACCUCCCGUGUGCCUAUGAAUGGAUUUGCUGAACUCUAUGGCUCAAAUGGACCCCAGUCCUUCACAGUUGAACAGUGGGGCACCCCUGACAAGCUACCAAGAGCGCAUACCUGCUUCAAUCGCCUGGACCUGCCACCCUAUGACUCGUUCGAUGAGCUCUGGGAUAAGCUUCAGAUGGCGAUCGAGAACACUCAGGGCUUUGACGGGGUCGACUAGAGAGGCAGGUGUACGAAACAGGCUAUGGGGGCUUGACCACCAUAGCUUCUAAGCAAAAGCAAAAUCACAUCUUAACACUUUCCAGAAACUUCUAAAAGGUUGUCACUGGCUCCUCCCACGAGACCAGAGGACAGUUUGUCCAUGAUUUCAGCCACCACCAUGCUAACGUAUUCAUUUGUCCAGUUUCUUUGUCCUGUCGUUAGGUUCACGCAGGCUCUCAGGACGCGAGUCCUGCGCGCCUGCGUUCUGACCAUAUCUCAUCUUGCUAGGCACAUCCUUCUGAAACUACUGAGAUUCCAACUGUGAAAUAUCUGUCAUGAGUAUCUGGUGGGAAAAAGUUGAUGUCUCUUUAAGAUGAAAUUUGGACAAAGACAGUCUCUUUCAUAGUGAGUAAAUCGCGACACACUUAGCGCCACUUGUAGCUACGUAUUCUGUAGACCUGCCUAGCGUACCUUAUUGCCUAGAUCUUUGAAGCCGCUUUGGAAGAUGUAUCACAUAUGUUUUUAGUCACUUGCAGAAACAAAAAAAAAAAAAAAAAAAAACAAAAAACAACAACAAACAAAACAAAAUUUUUUUUCCUUUUUUUUUUUUUUUACUUUUCCCUUGGGAAGUAUUUCGCGUUUGUUAGCAUGCAGCUUGAGUCCACAGCGACUCAGGAGACACGUGGAGCAAGCUUUUAUUUGCAGUCGUAGAAAGUGUUAGGUCUCGCUCUUGCCCGAGGCUCGGACACAGGCUAGAGCCCUUCCGUGUUAGCGCGUUUAGAAUCCCUUCAGCCACGACACCAGCUCCACAAAGCAGUGUUUCUAAGCAUGCCGUGAAGAACCGAGUUACAUGUAUGACUUGCCCCCUUACCAGCCACUCUUCACGAUUGUGCAGUCACGUAGUACAUACGUGUUUACGGAGUUCAUUAUGUUUACAGAUUAAGCGAUUUCUGUAGUUGCAUUUUUAUAUUUUUAGUAUCACAUUAGUAUAAAAAAAUUUGUUUAAAAUAACCAAAGAGUAGUUCAGUGCAUAAUUUGUAUAAAUUUGUUACCAGGUUUCUUAUGCUUUCUAAAAAAUACUGUUUACUAUGACAAUUAUGUUUUAUGAAAAGUCAAAAAAAACCCUUGGGACAAAAUGCUAGAGGUGGAAUCCCACAGUGACCACACUGAGGUACAGGAAGAGACCCAUGCGUGAAUCAGCAUAUGCAGACAGUGCCGGCUAGGGGCCAGGCCCUUGAGAUAAAAAUAACACCUGUCAGCAGCAAAGGCCAGCGCCGUCUUCAUCCUCGAGCUUAGAAAUGUGUAGGCGACUUCAUAAACAAUGGAAAGUAGGGAUGAACAGAGUAAGGCGGAAGGAAAGGGAGGCGAGGUCCCAGUCCGACUGCCAGGAUCGUUUGUAUGUGCCAAGGCUCCUUUUCUUCAUCCUUACAGUGGUGUGAUUAUAUGGAAAAUGCUCUUACAUAUGAAAAAAAGCUAAAGCCUGCUUUUGUGUGUGGCAUGUGUAGAACUAGCUUAAGCAUAUUACAAACUUUCCACAAAGUUUCACGUAAAUGCCCCGUGGGGGGGGGGCUGUAAGUACUCGGGCCAUUGGUUUAAGCAUGCACCAUGGCAAGUAGCUGCCACCGCAUGGUGAGGAUUCCAACCACAGCAGGGAAAACACUUUCCAUAGGCCACAUCAGUGUGUGGAUCAGGAAAGCAGUUCCCAGGCCAGCGCAUGCUUCCUAGGAGUCUCGACCAGAGUCAGGCCGCCAGUGCAGUCUUGAUUUCAUCCCCGGCCUGCUGAACCCUUGCCCCUGGGCUCCAGCUUCUCCAUCUGACGGGCGUGAAUCGCUAUGCCGUCCUUUCUGUCUUUUGACCCUAGUAAGUUCUGGAGCAGGGACAGAUCAGGCAGCGCUUCUUAGAGACUCAGUUUCCUGGCAGAGGCUCUGCUUCAGGCAGCCACGCUGUCUCCCCGCCCAGUGAGUCCGUUCACCCGGAAAUAAAUAAAAGAUUUACGGUAGGCGAGGAUGGAGAGACACCGCCUGCCGGCCUGUGUUCACUCCUGGAUGGGAGCAUUGGAGUCCGCUUCUCCACAGUGCAGAGUAACGCCGGUGUGGCCGGUGUGUUACCCCGAAUGCCCACAUUGUUCAGAACAAGGGCAAAACCAUCUUGUGAGAACAGGCGUAAUUAUGCAGGGUUGUCCAGCAUCACCCGGGAAGGCAUCCGCAGCAGAGCUUAGGAAACACAAGCUUUCUUUUUGUUAGACCGAAUGCCCCUUUGGAUGGUCAGUGACUUCACUGGAACCUGGCGUUAAGGAGGCCAGGUGUCCCCCUCCCGGUGUGAGCCUGUGGUCUGGAGGGGCCCUGCGUGGAACACCAGCCCCUCACGCCAGUGUCAGCGUCCUCCUGGGAGCUGUGCAGUCACGCUCACGAAGCGAAGGCUUUGUGCUUUUCUAGGAAAGCAUUUUAGCCUUCUUUUUCUCUAAUCCCGCCCCCCCCCAAAAAAAAAUGAAAUACAAAAUUGCGUUACAAAUGCAAACCCAAAUGGUAUUUGCUUUAGUUUUUUAUUUAUAACGCUCAAGUUAUUCCUUAUAAAUGUCAAGUUAAACACAAUUGGUUUUGAUGAUAAAGCUAUCUGACAUUGUUUUUAAAUUUUUUUUCUUAUAUGGUAAAUGUAUAUCCAGAUUAAUGUAUCAAAAUUUAUUGCAUAAACUAUAAAAUCAUUUUCAAAAAUCUCAAUUCCACAAAUAAAGUUCUAUUCUAAUUUUAAAAACAAA